UAAGCAUCUCUGCAAAGUUCAUUUCUUGACAUCCACUGCAUUGUCGUAAUGUCCGAGCAAGAUGCAACAAGUACAGAAUCGGAACACUCGACGAAAGCAACAUUUGGCUUCAAUGAAAUUGCUGCCAGUUUAAAUCAAAUCAUCGACGGUCACGAACUAGACCCAUCGACUUUGUCUCGACGACGCAAGAGUUUGGCAACUUCAAAUCAAAAUACAGGAUACCAUAGCUCAUAUGUUCGUCCAACGGAAGAUAUAUUCGACCUUGAUAGCCCAAAGAUCAAAGAGGACAUCAUUCGAAUGAUACUUCAAUACCUGUCAGAUGAAGGUUACUACGCCUCAAGAGCUGUUGUGCAAGAUGAAGCUAAUGUGAAAUGGAAAGAAAGAGAAGAACGUGGAAUAGAAGCAAAACGAUUAAAGCAAGCGAUAUUAGAUGGUGAUUGGUCCGAAGUGGAAAAGCUUAGUACGAAGCCAAUUGUGAAAAAUCACAGAUCAUUUCUCUAUUCUCUAUACAAACAGCAGUAUUUGGAGUACAUAGAACAUCGAGAAAUACAAAAGGCAUUCUCAUUCCUGAAUAAGCGAUUGAAGCCGCUUGAACACCUGCAGACCAAACCCAACGAGUUCAAAGAUAUGUGCUACUUAUUGACAGCAAAAUCAAUUCACGAAGCUCCAUCCUUCAAAAAUUGGGAAGGUAUAGCCGCUGCUCGUGAGAAUCUUGUCGGACAAUUUCAGAGCAUGCUCGAAUUUGAAAGUGCUGAUAGAAGCGGAAAUGUUUAUGUUCCUCCCAGCCGACUAGUCACACUGCUUCGUCAAGCAGUAGCAUAUCAAAUCCAAUUCUCUCGAUACCAUCCAAAAAUAGCACCGGCUGUCAACUCAUUACUGCAGGACUAUACCAGCUUUGUCAUUCCUAACUCUGUUCGAUACACGCUGCGUGGGCAUGAAGGAAAUGUCAAAUGUGUUCGGUUCAUAGGAGAGGAGGGUAGAGGCGUGGUAUCUGGAUCUAGUGACAACACAUUGCGUAUAUGGGAUACGGAAACAGCUGAAUGCACAAAUGUGCUAAGAGGUCAUAAAUCAAGGAUAUGGGAUGUAUCAAGUACCAAAUUGGGAGACUAUGUUGCCAGCGCUAGUGGAGACGGCACAGUCAAGGUUUGGGACUUGAAGAGCAGCAAAGCGAACUGCGUGUCAACCCUUGCUGGUCAUGGAGGAGAUGUAUAUUCGGUGCAAUACCAUCAAAGCGAGACGAAUUUGGUGACAGGUGGAUACGACAAAACAAUACGGCUGUUUGAUGUCAACACUGGAGCGGUGGUGAAAUCGUUUCAAGGACAUCAACUUGCUGUUUCGAAAACCAUCUUCAAUCCGCUUGGAAAUCUCAUCAUCAGUGGAUCAAAAGACAACACUAUCAAAUUUUGGGAUAUUGUUUCUGGCUUAUGCAUUCGGACAAUCACUUCUCAUUUGGGCGAAGUCACUUCAGUUGAAAUGAACUCUAGUGGUACUCUCUUGCUCAGUAGUUCAAAAGACAACUCUAAUAGAUUGUGGGAUGUGCGUAUGGUGCGGCCGUUGCGAAAACUCAAAGGACAUCAAAAUACGUCCAAGAAUUUUGUGCGAGCGAAUUUCUCAGAAAACAAUCUCAUUGUUGGUGGUUCCGAGGAUGGCAUCGUUUACAUAUGGGAUCAAGACACGGGCGAAAUUCUUCAAAAGCUGCGGGGCCACACUGGCGUGACCUAUGAAGCUUACUGGAAUGUGAAACAGAGUAUGAUGGCCAGUUGUAGUGACGAUCAGACCGUUAAACUGUGGUGGUAUGAUGAAAAUACCCCCUUGGAUGGCUGUUAGUUUUUCUUUUGCCCGUUCCCUUGCCGGUCUUUUAGAAACCGGCUACCACAUUUGUACAUCAAUGGAU